AUGUCUUCUAUCGCCAAAAGAGAAUUUAAUGAGCUCGCACUUGACGGUAGCAACUAUUUGACUUGGGCUUUAGACAUUGAGAUUCAUCUCGCGUCUAAAGAACUAAGCCAAACUAUUGUUGCUGAGUCACAGUGUACUAACGCCCAGAAGGCGCAGGCUCUCAUUUUCUUACGUCACCACUUGAACCACAACCUGAAAAAUGAAUACUUGACUGAAAAUGACCCUUUUGCAUUAUGGAAGUCCUUGAAGGACCGUUUUGACCAGCAGUCAUCGAUUAUCCUCCCUCAAGCCCAAUUUGACUGGCUUCACCUGAGGUUUCAAGACUAUAAGUUAGUUAUUGACUACAACUCGGCCCUUCAUAAGAUAGUCUCGCAACUAAAGCUCUGCAAACAAGAAGUUUCAGAGACAGACUUAAUUGAAAAGACUCUGUCUACCUUUCAUGCGAGUAACCUUGUACUCCAGCAGUAG